AUGACACAACCUCCCCACCGCGCACCCCCCAAACGCACCGUCCCCAAAACCGUAGCCCCCAAACCCCCCGCGGCCCCAUCUGCCACGCAAGCCGCAAAGCCCAAGAAAGAAAAGCGAUACCCCUUCGACUCGCACCAAGACGACAUCGUAGUCAACACCACUGAACUCGACACCGCCCCGGGUUUCAGGAGAGGUAUAGUGGACUACCGGCAUAAACUCACGCUGAAGAAGACGUAUGCGCAUAUCACGACGGACUAUGCGGAGGAUAUGAAGAUGACUAUUCCGAAGGAUGCGGUUACGCCCUUAGGGUCUGAGACGGUCGUUGAUGGGGAUGAGAGUGACAAUGACGACGAUGAUGAUGACGAUGAGGAUGAGAAUCCCAGCGCCAACGCCGCCAACCCCAAGUCCAAGCGCGACGAACGUACCUACGUGCCCGAAGUCAGCGACACAAUCAUCGACUACACCAAGCUGCCCAAACCGCGCUGCAACCGCCCUAACUACGUAGAAUAUAUCUACCGCGCUACAACCACCAACCCCGCCGUCUUCCUCGCUAUCAUACGUGUCGCAGAGCGGAAUCUACCGUUUAUAAAUUUCGACUCGGCGAUUACGCAUUUACCCAAUUUACCGGCGAAUGCGAGGCUUCCUGGUAUACCGGCCCUGUCAGCUCUGUCGCCCGAACCCUCACCUUCCAAACCCUCCAACCCCUCCGCACGGUCCGUAUCGGAAAACCAAUCGCAGAAAAAGAAAAAGAAAACCAACCAACCCGCUUUCACAGAAGACACGCCCCACGAGAAAAAGGAGACAGACACGGCGAUGACAAUCCUCUUCCUACCGAACCUAUACGAAGACGGGCGCCACGCACUCGGGUACUACGCGCUCGCCCCGGAAACAGACCCAGACACAAAACAACUUAACCCGGAAGACGUUGUGCAGAUCCUCUUUACGCCGUGCGGUAUAUCUGAUUUAGUGGAGGCGAAGUUGUUGGAGUGGACGGCUGUUGAUCCUGAUCUCAAGGCACGGGCUGAUGAGGAGAAGGGUGAGAAGGGUGAGAAGGGUGAGAAGGGCGACGGGUUGGGAGGUGGGGAUGACAAGGGGGCUGGGGAUGGGAAGGAAGGAGAUGUUGGGGAGGAAGAAGAAGAAUUGACUGUUGAGUACAUAGAACAUGUUGCUGCGAGGGGAGGUGAGUGGUUGGAGAGGGAUGUAGUGGGGGAUUGGGAGGAGUGGUGUAGGAGUUUUAGGGUUGCGAGGAGGGUUUGGGAGAAGGUGCUUAAGGGGGUUGUGGAGGUUAAGGAGGUGGAGGGUGUGAAGGAGGAGGCUGAGGGAUGA